CGCUAAAGUUAAACGCGGUUAGCGUCGGUAGAUGAGCUAGGUGUUGCUGAUAGGAAAAAGGCCUUCUCGUGCCACAAUGGGGAUUUCGGGCCUCCUCCAGUUCCUCAGGGAGGCGUCGGAGCCCAUCAGCGUGAAGAAGUACAAAGGACAGACCGUGGCUGUUGAUACCUACUGCUGGAUUCACAAAGGCGCUUUCUCGUGCGCGGAGAAGCUGGCCAAGGGUGAACCCACCGACCAAUACGUGACGUACUGCAUGAAAUUUGUCGACAUGCUGCUGACCUUUGGUGUCAAGCCGGUGCUGGUGUUUGAUGGGCGCAAUUUGCCCUCGAAGGAGGAGGUGGAGAAGGCACGGAAGGAACGCCGUCAGGUUAACUUGCAGAGGGGAAAACAGCUUCUGCGGGAGGGCAAGCUCUCGCAGGCACGAGAUUGCUUCGCCCGAUGCGUCAACGUCACCCCUGCCAUGGCCCAUGAGGUCAUCAAGGCUGCCAGGGCCCGGGGCGUGGACUGCCUGGUGGCCCCAUACGAGGCGGAUGCUCAGUUGGCUUUCCUUAACAAGGCAGGGAUCGCACAAGCCAUCAUCACAGAGGACUCCGAUCUGCUGGCAUUUGGCUGUAAAAAGGUGAUCCUUAAGAUGGACAAGUUGGGGAAUGGGCUGGAGAUCGACCAGAAGCACCUGGGUCGCUGCCGCUCGUUGGGAGAUGCGUUCACAGAGGACAAGUUCCGCUACAUGUGCAUCCUGUCGGGCUGCGACUACUUGGCCUCCCUUUAUGGGAUUGGUCUUGGCAAAGCCUGCAAGCUAUUAAAGAUGGCUAACAACCCUGACAUCCUGAAGGUGAUCAGGAAAAUGGGACAGUACCUGAAAAUGAACGUCACUGUGCCUGAUGAGUAUCUUGAAGGCUUUGUCAGGGCCAAUAACACCUUCCUCUACCAGCUGGUCUUCAAUCCCCUUAGCAGGAAGGUGGAGCCUCUCAACCCAUACCCAGACCACAUUGAUCCAGCGACCCUCAGCUAUGCAGGGCACAAUACUGGAGAUAAGACAGGCUUCCAGAUGGCCCUUGGAAACCUGGACAUCCACACCAUGAAGAUCAUUGAUGACUUUAACCCAGACACAGCAAAGUUGCCACAGUCCCGCACCCAAAGCUGGAAUGACAGCAGAGAAAGGGGCUCCUCCAUGAGCACCAGCAUCUGGAGCAGGGGCUAUACCCCUGGAGGAGCCUUGCCCUCCCAGCAAACCAUUUCCAGUUCACCAAACAAAUCUUCCACUAGAGUAAAGGAGAAGUCAAUCAUUGCAAAGGCACAGAGGCUACUCCAGCGAGAUGUGCAGGUCAAGAGGGCCAGGCAAGAGUCAGGCGUGUCGGAUGAGGACAUGCUACAGCAAUAUUCCUUCCCCAGCCCAAAGAAACAAAGAUGUGUGGGCAGCCAGUCCCAGCCCCAACCUGCUGCCCAGUCCAGGCCACGCAACCGCUUUGCGACCCUCCUGCAGAAGAGGAAUCAAGAUGACGGCUCUGGUGAUGAGCAGGGAACUCGUAGCCGCUUCUUCUGCAGCAGCAGCUCUAAUGAGCUAAAGGCUCCAGAGAAGGAGCAAUCCAAGGGGGAGGACUUAGGAGAUCAUGGGCCACCAGUUGAGGGGCGUCAGAGUGAAGCAGAAGUGCAGAAGUACAGCCUGCCUGACUCACCAGAACCCAGGCCAGCUUGUCGUAGGACAGGCGUCUUCCACUGGUCUGACACCUGCCCAGAGAAACCUGGAACACCAUCUUCAACCUUCAGCCUCUCACAGCUGCAGCAGUUUCAGCACAAGAAGGAGAACACGGUUUGGGACAUCCCCUCUUCCCAUCCGUCCUCUCCUCCCACCUCAUCCACAUGCCAGAAAGGACAGGAUGAGGAGUCGCCCAGUAGCUCGCCACCCUCUGAAGACAGUGGCUAUUUCUCCCAGCCAAGCCAGUCAAGCUCCGGAAAAGAGCACAGCCCCAGUCAGGGUCUCGAUACAAGUCGGGGUUCAAACAUCAGUGACACAGAGGAGAGGAAGUUGACAGCCAUUGGAGCAAAGGUGUCAGGGCUGCCAAGGGUACGGUCGGCUGACUUGGGAAAGGGGGCUAAAAUUCGACCCUCUGCACCUGCCAGAGCCAGUGGCCUCCGCAAGAAGCCCAUCACCAAGACAAGAAGCCCCAGCAAUGAGAAUCAACCAGGUCUCCAGGCUACUAUCAGUGGUCUGUGGAGGAACUUUGGCUUCAGGAGAGACAAUCCCAAAGUGACCAGAUGUAACACAGUUGAGCCCAUGUCUCCAGUAAGAGACAACAUCCUGGCGAUGACUUCAGAAAUGAACAAAGAUGUGUAUUUAAUCUCUGAGGAGAAAUCUGUUUCAAAAAACAUUUGCUUUUAAUAGCUUUUACUGAAAUUUUUUGCGCACACAUUCCAGGAGAACCCCAGCAUUAUGCACA